CUCGCUUCUGGUUGUUUCUUAACAUUUUGGCCAGUGAAGUCGGUAGAGACUGAUUCCAGACCAGAUCGACCCUCCUGUCCUUAGAUUGAAUGGGUGUCUAAUUCCCCGCGUCGUCUGGAAGGACUUUGGCGGAUAUAUUCCUGAUCUUUACAGGGAGGAGGAGACACAAUGGAUAAUGCUGUGAUUGCCGUUUGGUUUCUGCCGCUUUUUUGGCCAAGCUGCGCUGCUCCCGUUUCAGAGACUUUCACGGUCUCAGUUAGGUCUCCUGUCUCCGUCCAGAGAGGCCAUGUCGCUACCUUACCCUGCUGGCUCACUUCCUCUCAGAGUGCAGAAGAUAUGGAAGUGCGCUGGUAUCAAGGGGGUGCUCAGAAGGAAACUUCAAUCCUGCUUUAUAAGGGAAAUGGUGUCGACUAUACAUCCCAGAAAGCUUCGUACGCUGGCAGAAUCUCGUUUGGCUUAAAGGAAGGAACAUCAGGUGGAUUAAAGACAGGUGACAUCAGCCUGAAGCUGCAAAACGUCACAAAUGAAGACACAGGAAAGUACACCUGCUUUGUCAGCAGCCUUGCAGAUUAUGACAGUGCAUCUGUUAGUCUGAUCGUGAGAGAAACCGGGCGUCCUCCUCUCCUUUCAGCCACGAUGAAAGACGAUGACAAAGUUAAUGUGAGCUGUGAAUCUGAAGGCUGGCAUCCGAAGCCUGAGCUACGCUGGUCAGACAGGAGAGAAGCUCUCACUUCUGCCGAUGUGUCGUUCAGCAAAACCUCGGAUGGUCUUUAUACAGUCCGCAGUUGGCUUCUGGUCCCCAGUUCGUCUGAGGUCUCCUGCGCUGUUGGGUUUGCAAGUGAAGUGCCAAAGGAGAUCAAAAUGCAGCUGAAAAAUUCAUUACCAGAAGAGUCUGGAUCCUCCUCGGCUGGAUGGGUGGCCUUUGGGAUACUUCUAGCAGCUGUAUUAGCUGCAUCUGGAGCCCUGUACUUCCUGUACUUCAGACGGAAAGGGGCACAACUCAUGAACAGUCCUGAUGACAUUGAACCACUUUUGUCUAAAGCAACAUGGUCACCAGCAGCUCUGUCAGAAGCUUCUGAGCAUUAUGUGAAUGUUCAACUCGUGGACACCGGCAAUCAGUGGAUAAAAAUCAGGGGUUCUAAACUGAGAGAUAGUGGUGAUGCAAAUCCUCCAGAUGGAGACAGAGUUACCUCCCUCACAGCAGUCAGAGGAUCUCCUGGCUUCACUUCUGGACAACACUACUGGGAGGUUUCCUUAGCACGUUCAUAUUCAGACCCCAAGAAGUCCUGGUGGAUCGGAGUUACAGAUAAACAACAAAUCCCUGAUGAUAAAAGUUUGUCUCCAACCAUAAAUAAUGGAUUCUGGUUCCUGUCUUCUUGCCCCAACCAAGAGCGUACCGUUCAGGUUAACACUGACCCAGAGGUGUACUUUCCUCUAGAGUCAAGACCAAAAACAGUCGGGGUGUAUUUGGACUACGACAAUGGAAAGCUCUCCUUUUAUAAUGUUGAAGGUAAAUCUCUAAUUGGAUCUCUGGCAGCUAAGUUCACAGGAGAACUGUUCCCGCUAUUUAACCCCGGGAAAGGUGACCAAUCGCCUAUGGUGGUGUUACAGAGACCUGAGGAGGUUCAGUCUAACAACGCUAUUCCUGAGGGACAAAUACUGAACGCUGUAUCAAUCAGGUGAGACUGAGAAAUCACAGGCAGAAAGUUAAAAGGGAAACCAAGAAAAAAAACAAAAAUGAUGUGUAGCCUAACGUAGUCCUGCAUGCAAUAAGUCCAAAGUAAAAAUUCUCAAUUUGGGAAAAAAAUUAUCUACAUAUAAAUUAACCUAUUUUACUUCUACUCAACAUAUGUUUCUGAGCUUUAUUAGGUAAAAACAAACAAACAAAACACUAAGCAUGAGUGAGUUAGGACAUUGUUACAGAAAAACAUAUUACAGGCAUUUAGAGUUUUUAAUUAUAUCAUUAUAAAACCCUUCAGUUUUCACUCAGUUGUUUUGGGUUUUAAUGCUAAUCUUUUGGCAUUUACUGCAUGUCAAACCCUCUUUCUCCUACUCAGCUGCAAUUGUAGAAUCAAAGUGAAAAAAGCUCCAUACUUUUCUUUACUUAGUUUGUUAUGCUCUAAAGGCCUUUGCAUGAAAAUUCAAAAACUUUGAUAACUCUGAAAGAUUGUUACGCACAAGCAUGAAUUAUUGAAUUAACGACAGCUCAGUUACGGCUCACGAAGAGUCGAUUAAAAGGGGUGAGACUUAAUUUAUAUUGUCAUAUAAAACUAGUGGACAUUAGUUUGUAUAGAGGCAUCAAUCCCAAUUUGAAUUAAACUUUAGAACAAUGUUUGUUACAAUUUUAUGAUCCAUUUAAAAUAUGCUGCAGGCAAUCACUGAUACUGUGCGCAAAUACUGUGCAAGCUUUGUACCCUUGUCUGCUACCAGAUUCUGCUGAUUGUUUUGAUUAAUACUAAUACAGAGGAUUCAAAUUAAAUUGUUACAAUAAAGGGUAAAAGUCA